GUAAGCCAACCACUGCAAAACAGAAACGUUGACCUUCUAGAUAUCGAUUCUUGGGAGACUUCCUCAAAUCCAUCUAUUCAAAUCAAACCCUUUAAAGAUCUUCCGAUCGCGAUCGCUGAAAACCCUAAUCUUCAUCGCCUAAAUCCCUAAUCUUGUCACUCUUGAAAAUGCAUGAUUUCUGCUUCACAAUCCCCUACGGGAUCAUAGUGUUCUGCGGUGGGAUUAUUGGGUUUGCAAGAAAAGGGAGCACGACGUCGUUGGCUGGUGGUGUGGGCACUGGACUAUUGCUGUUCCUCGCUUCGUAUCUCACUCUCAAUGCAUUCCACAAGCGGAAGAACUCAUGGUUUGGGUUGAUACUUGAAACUGUUAUUGCUGCUGCUCUUACAUGGGUUAUGGGACAGCGAUACACUGAAACUGGGAAGAUAAUGCCUGCUGGUGUUGUUGCUGGUAUCAGUGGAGUGAUGACAGCAUUUUAUCUGUACAAGAUUGUCACUGGAGGUAACCAUUUUUCAGCAAAGGCAGAAUGAGAAUUUGAUUAUAAAUUGUGUGAUCUGUAGUGUUAACGUGUAUGUAAUCCAAAUGAUUGUUGUGUUGUGUAUACCAAAUAUGGUAAUCAUGUUUCUUGAAAAUAGAAUUGUGUUGUGCUUUUGGGUUCACAUACUAAGCUAUUCCCUGUUAGUGUUGUUAUUGCUUGAUUUGCUGG